GGCCAUGGUAGUGGGAGUGCCGAAUCUUAACAACUAGACCCCCAGUGGUGGCUUAGACUGGGCCCUAAAUUCAUUGACUGGUGUCCUUAUAAGAAGAGGAAAGGACACGGAGACACACACAGAGAGAAAGGCCAUGUGAAAAAGGCUAUGUAGACACAAGAGAGAAGGCCACAUCAAGACAGAAUCAGACAUUGGAACGAUGCAGCUACAAGUCACAGAGGGCCAAGGAUUGCCAAGAGCCCCCCAGAAGCUAGAAGAGGCAAGGAAGGAUUCUUUCCUACAGUCUCUGGAAGGAGUAUGGCCCUGCUGCCACCCUGACUUCAGAUUUCUAGUUUCCGGGAUUGUGGGAGAAGAGAUUUGUGUUAUUUUAAGCCACCACGUUUGUGGUACAAUUUGUUACAGCAGCCUUAGGAAACAAACACAGCCCCCACUUGGAAGCCGGAUCCCCUCAGCCUCCAUAUGAAUUCCAAAGCCCCCAAGAAAGAAGAGUUGGCUUGCUGAGGUCACGCAUCUGCCUCAUGGGACCCACAAGCACCUGUGGCUGGGAGAGGGCAGGGGUACAGACGUAGGUUUCAGAGCCACCUCAUUCCAGCACUCUUGGUGUCAUCACUUUACCCAAAGGGUGUGGAUUCACACCUCAAAGUCAGCGUGGAGGGAGGUCCCUCCAGGUGUGCCUCAGUGUGCCGUGCCUUCCACACACCUAUAUCUACUUGGGUAAAGACACAGAAGACUCUGGUUACCUGUGUGGAUGAGAGGAAGCCAGGAAGAAGUGCCACUCUGUUGGAUGACAGAAUCAGGAUUCAAAAGGCUCUUUGCAGGUUAGCAAGUCCACAAGGUGUUAAUUGAAGAUGACUGUACAGGCCAGCUCUUGCGUUCCAGGAGUCAGCUUCAUGAGGGAAAUGUGGAGGAAGCCUGACUUAACAGCAGCUCCUUGGGAGAAAGACCUAAAGGUUUUCUUUGACCAGACGCUAACAAUGAGCCAGUAGUGCGGUCUAACUGGCUGAGAGUUGCACAAAGAGAAGCAGAGCGUCCUUGGUUGGGCUGGAGAGGUGAUGCGUGUUUGGGGCUCGAUGCACCCAAUACCUAAGAGAGACAGAGAUAACAUUGACCCUAACGGGGAACCAGAGGGAUGGCCCGGCCACUGCGUUGCGGAGGGUUAGAGAUCGGGGAGGGGUUCAGAUGCCCGGGGAGGGAUCAGCAGAGUCAGCUGUGGCGGGCACCUCCAGACAAUGACGGUGAAAAGGAGGCAGAGCUAGCCAACAGGGGACGGUCUGGGGCCUAUUCCAAGGAGGUGGCUGGGGAGGUGUUGCAGGCGCGCCCCAAAACACGGUCAUCUCAGCUCCAGAGCCCUGGACCGCGGUCCCCGGGCGCACACCGGCUUUUAAGACCACUGUGUGUCCUGCGGUGGGCAGCUCUUGGAGAGCCCCGCGCCCCGGCCUGCUCCAGCGGUCUGUCUCUGCCUUUCGCCCGGUGCAUGCGGGUGACGGCGGUGGGUGGGUGUGUUUUGGGGCCUCCCACAGCGCGACGGCCUGCGCCCCUGCCACUUCGGGGCUGCUCCCUUCUUAACCUCUUGCUUGCAGGCGGCCCCUCGGGCGUCAGCUCAGAGCUGGGGCGGGGGGCUGGCGGCGGAGAGGGGGCUGGCGGAGGAGAGCGACGCGGCCCCAAGUUUAUGCUAAUCCGCGCAGAGCCCGCCUCCCGCCUCCCCUCCGCGGCCCCAGCCGCGAGCAGCGCCGGCCACUCCGCGGGACGCAGCCGCUGCGAAGCGCCAGGCGGCCGGGCCAGCGAGCUCCGGGGGCCGCAACUGGCGGCGGGACCCGGGCGGGCGAGCGGCGGGCGGACACCCGGCGGGGGUUCCCGCGCGGGGCCAGGUGGAGACCCGGGGCCGCGAUGGGCCGCCGCCGCCUGCCGGUCUGGCUGUGCGCCGUCGCGGCGCUGCUCUCGGGGGCGCAGGCCAAGGGCACUCCGCUUCUCGCGCGGCCCGCGCCGCCCGGUGCCUCCCGCUACAGCCUCUACACGACGGGAUGGCGCCCGCGGCUGCGCCCAGGGCCGCACAAGGCCCUCUGUGCCUACGUGGUGCACAGGAAUGUGACCUGUGUCCUACAGGAGGGAGCAGAGAGCUACAUAAAGGCUGAGUACCGGCAGUGUGGAUGGGGGCCCAAGUGCCCCGGGACAGUCACGUACCGUGCAGUACUCAGACCCAAAUACAAGGUUGGCUACAAGACAGUGACGGACCUCGCCUGGCGUUGCUGCCCCGGCCUCGCUGGAGAAGGCUGCCCCGAGCACCUCACGGACCACGAGACCACCCCACCCCAGCCAGAGCCUGAGCCCCAGAUUCCCUCUGGGCAUCUGGGCCCAGGUCCCAGGCCCCCUCCUUCUAGCAGAGCAGCCCCCAGCCCCCACGGAAGGAAAGGCCCCGGGCUGUUUGGGGAGCGGCUGGAACGCCUGGAGGGUGAUGUCCAGCGCCUGGCACAAGCGUAUGGUACCCUCAGCGGCCUGGUGGCCAGCCAUGAAGACCGCAACAGGAUGACUGGUAACCCCAGGGCUCCUGCUGUCCCUGUGGGCUUUGGGGUCAUCCCCGAGGGGUUUGUGAACCCUAGAGACAGAGCUGGACGGCCACUCACACCUCCCCUGGACGAGAUCUUGAGCAAGGUGACGGAGGUGAGCAACACGCUCCGGACCAAGGUGCAGCUGCUGGACGAGGUGCACGGGCUGGCCCUUGGCCACGAGGCUCACCUGCAGCGGCUGCGGGAGGCCCCCCCAUCUCCACUCACCUCCCUGGCACUGCUGGACGAAUACGUGGACCGACGGCUGCACCGACUCUGGGGGAGCCUGCUGGACGGCUUCGAGCAGAAGCUACAAGGUGUUCAGAGUGCGUGCGACCUGCGGGUACAGGAGGUCCGGCAGCAGUGCGAGGAGGGCCAGGCGGCCAGCCGGAGGCUGCACCAGAGCCUGGAUGGCAGGGAGCUGGCUCUGCGCCAGGAACUCUCCCAGCUGGGUACCCGGCUCCAGGGUCUGAGUGUGGCUGGCGGGGGCAGCUGCUGCAGCCAGCUGGCCUUGAUCAGUGCCCGUGUGGACAACCUUGAGAGGAACCUGCAGGCAAUCACAGAGACCCAAAGGGGCCAUGGCCCCCCCACCAGGGAUGAGCUCACGCGGCUCUCUGCUGCCAUGCUCGAGGGGGGUGUGGGUGGGCUGCUUGAGGGCCUGGAGACCCUCAAUGGGUCGGAGAGUGGAGUGAGGGGCUGCUGUCUUGGAAUGGAGGAGCGGGGAUGGGGUGUGCGUGGCUUCAGGACCAUGCUGGAAGAGCGUGUGCAGAGCCUGGAGGAGCGCCUGAUGACACUGGCUGGGGAGCUAAGCCAUGACAGCACCCCACCAGGCAGGUCGGCACGACCCCUGGUGCAGACAGAGCUGGCCGUACUGGAACAACGGCUGGUUUCCCUGGAGACCUCGUGCACCCCCAGCACCACCUCAGCCAUCCUGGACAACCUCGUGGCAGAGGUGAAGGCCUGGCAGAGCCGGAGCGAGGCCCUCCUACGCCAGGUAGCCAGCCACACAGCCCUGCUCCAGCAGCUCAAUGGCACUGUGGCCGAGGUCCAGGGGCAGCUGGCAGAAGCAACAGGCAGCUCACUCCAAGGUGAGAUCACCCUGCUUAAGGUCAAUCUGAAUUCUGUGAGCAAGUCACUCACAGGCCUCAGUGACUCUGUCAGUCAGUACUCUGAUGCUUUCAUGGCUGCCAACACAUCUCUGGACGAGCGGGAACGCAAGGUGGAGGCCGAGGUCCACGCCAUCCAGGAGCAGGUCAGCAGCCAAGGCUCACGGCUUCGGGCUGGCCACAGGCAGGUCCUGAGCCUGAGGGGGGAGCUGGAACAACUCAAGGCCGGUGUGGCCCAUGUGGCCGGUGGGCUAAGCCGCUGCCAGGACACAGCCCAGGAACUCCAGCAUGCAGUGGGCCACUUCAACCAGAGGGUGGCCCAAGUGGAGAGUGUGUGUGGGAAGCUGAGCCUGCUGGUUGUAGGCUUGGACAGCUUGCCCACUGAGUCACUUAGGCCCAAGGAGGGCCUGUGGGGCCAUGUGGACCAGCUGAAUCGUACGCUGGCCCAGCACGCACAGGACAUCGCCCGCCUCCGAGAUGACCUACUGGACUGCCAGGCCCAGCUAGCUGAGCAGGCACGGCCAGGGCAGGCUGACUAGGCUGGCUGGACAGGACCCAACCCCCAGAUCCCACCAACCCUGGGGACAUCACCCCAGAGCCCAGAUGAUGCCUCCAAGCCUCCCCUGGCCAGCAUGGAUGCCACUUCAGAGGCCCUUGAAGGAAUAGUCUUGGUUCAGCUCCAUGUGACUGUCCCAGGCACCAAUAUCCAUGCUCAGUGCUGCACCAACUGGACAAUUCAGGAAAGCACUCAGGGCAAGUACAUCAUGUCUGAGGGCCAGGGUGGACCUAAGAAACCUCAAUCCAGUCUGCAAAUUGCUCUUCUGCAGAUACACCAGAGUUGGCACCUGUGCAAAGACCUACAGGUCCAUUCUUAGCCCGUGGUCUGCCCGCAGCUCCCUUCGCCUGCAGGCAAUAGCCUCUGGCCUGGGGAGGCUUUUGGUCCCGUUGUCCCCGACUUCUCUCCCCAGCCAUCUGGGCUCAGUCUCUGCAGGAAGGUGCUGCCCUCUGGCACUGUCCUCACACCUGGCAGCUUCAUGGAUACUGUUUCUGAACCAAGGACCAGAGGUGUCCAUUGCCCCACAGGUCCUUCAGGACAGACAGAAACACAAGGUCUCAGCUCAGAGUGCUCUUUAUUCCUUUUGAUCCUCCCCUUGGGUGAGGGCUUAGGCAGCUUUAGAACCCAGAAGAAAGGAUGGGGUCCAGGCCAUCUGUUUGGAGACCCUGCCCCAGUUUAUGCUUUUCCUUCCCUCCCCAAAGAUGUUGUCAGGGCACUGUACUCCCCACACAGUCCUCUUCUUUCCAUUUGGGGGUAACUCCACCCCCACAGGUUAGGGCCUCUCUCCAGAGAGCAGUCAUCGUGUAUGUCAUGGCCUGAAUGAGGCCAGACCCUGGGCAGGAGGCCACAGCUGGAGAGAAAGGGCUCCAGGCUGAGUUUCCAACAUCCUUGUAAAACCCCAGUCCCGCCUGGAUGUUCAUGAAGUGGUGAGAAAUUCAGGUAUGACGCCACCAAGGGGCAACCUGAAAGGACAAGUGUUCAUCCAGCCCAUGCAGUUCCCAGAAACCCUGAUGUCAUCUCUGCUGAGGCUCUUGGCCUCAGUUUCCCCACAGCAGCACAGGCCCUCCUGUGCUCUUUGCAGGUCCCUGUAACCCUGCCUUCUGGUUUCUCGACGUGUAGUGUUCUGCCCUCCACCGUUGUGCUGUUGGGGGAGGGCAGGCCUGGAUUAAAGCUUUUAGCCGGU